UAUGAUACUUUAAUGGUUGCUAUCAACCGCGCCCCCCCUCCCUUCCAUGCGACUCAGACCAUCCAGCUAUGUUUGGCUCUUCCGGUUAAGCAGCUUUACCGGUGAGCUGCCUGCGAGUCCCUCCUGCCGUUUCAGACCGACUCUUCACAGCGGUCCUCCUCUACUCCUCGCCCGGAAACUCACGAUGCAGUCAGGUCGCAAUGUGACCACCAGCAGCGGCGGUAGCAAGGACUGCGCACUUCAGACCGAGCCUGAGCUGUUCUGCAACAACAUUCCCGCUGUGACAGUAGAAGACGCUGGUCCUCAGGCGGAGAAGACACGAGUGUUAAGCCUUGUCGUCAAUGAGAGAAACCUUAGGACCCCGAGUCCCCUCUGCGGGGCCAACUAUGAUGACGACUCGGAGGCAGAGUCGUUCAGGGAUGGGAGAACCGAGGAGGUCGACCGUGACACCAAGGGCAGGGCGUUUGCCUGGUGUCGAGACUUUCUGUCUGGGCCGUGGAAGACCAUCCAAGAAGAGGAUUUUCAAAUCAGCAUCGUUAGUGGUGGACUAAGUAACCUGCUGUAUCUGUGUAGUUUGCCCGAUCAUGUGCACUGUGAGGGAGAGGAACCUCACCAGGUGCUCCUCAGGAUCUAUGGUGCCAUCCUGCAGGGUGUGGACUCCUUGGUGUUGGAGAGUGUGAUGUUUGCAAUCCUGGCAGAACGAACUUUAGGGCCCAAACUUUAUGGCAUCUUUCCAGACGGACGCUUAGAACAAUAUCUUCCAAAUACCCGAAUGCGUACAGAUCAACUUUCGGACCCAGCAGUCUCAGCUGAGAUUGCCACCAAGUUGGCACGUUUUCAUGAUAUGGUUAUGCCUUUUAACAAAGAGCCCAAGUGGCUGUUUGGGACCAUUGAUAAAUACAUGGAUCAAGUGAUGAAGCUCAAGUUUGUUCGGGAAGCACAUGUGAAGAAGUACAACAAACUAAUGAAGUUCAAUCUGCCUGCUGAGCUGGAGAGCCUCCGGGCAUUGCUGGCAGCGACUCCAUCGCCUGUGGUGUUCUGCCACAAUGAUGUCCAGGAAGGUAACAUUUUGAUCCUUGACGAUAGGGAACAAACCCCAACAGACAAACUCAUGCUGAUAGACUUUGAGUACAGCAGUUACAACUACAGGGGUUUUGAUUUUGGGAACCAUUUCUGUGAGUGGAUGUAUAAUUACACUUAUGACCAGUGGCCCUUCUACAAAGCCACACCAGAGGACUAUCCCACCAGAGAGCAGCAGCUUCAUUUCAUCAGAAGUUAUUUGGCAGAACAGACAAGAAACUCGACAAUGGACCAGAAACAGAUUGAAGAGGACAUGAUAAUAGAGGCUAACAGGUAUGCAUUAGCGUCACACUUCCUCUGGGGUUUGUGGUCCAUCAUUCAAGCAAAGAUAUCUAAGAUUGAAUUUGGAUAUAUGGACUAUGCCCAGUGUCGGUUUGAUGCCUACUUCAAGCAAAAAAAGCUCUUCUCCUAAAUUCCACCUCAGUCAGAAGCUCUUCUCCUAAAUUCCACCUCAGUCAGAAUGUACUGUACUGUCCGAUUGAUCUGUCCAUAUCAUUCUUCACUCUCACCUCAUCUUUUUGGUGAAGAUUUUUUUAACUGUAUUAUUAAAACU